AUGGAUGUUUUGGAGACGAUUCAGGUGGUGCAGAAUCCGCCUGAAAUGCAUUCAAGUGAUGAAGAUGAGAGCGCCGAAAACGCAAUAGUGAAAAAGACUAUACCCCAUGUCGUCGAGAUCGCAAAAUUGUUUGGAGAGCUGGAACAUUUAGCGACUGAGUGCCAAGUUCAAGACGCUCUGUCGCAUCUAAGGUCUGCGAAGCGCGCAUUUCUCAUUGCCAAACACAUCAGAAAACCAUCACAGAGCAGGCAAGCGUUGAUUACCGAGUGCAUGCAGAUAGGUAUGACAAUGGCACGCAGUAAUGCAGAUUCCCAAUAG